UUAUUGGAAGAAUUGCGAGAGAAGCAAAGGCAAGAAGCAAAGUUGCAAGAAGAAUUGGAGGGCCUGAAAGAUUCAUUGAGAUUUGAGAAGCAAAACUUGAUAGAAGUUGCUUCUGAUCGGGAUAGACUUAGAUCAAUGUGUGCCGAAAAGGAUGCAGCUCUUCAAGAUGCAUUAUUAGAAAAGAGAAACAUGGAAAUGAGGUUGGCCGCUCUUGGUAACCUAGCUGCAGAGAAUAAUGCCAAGAAAGAUUUGCUUGGAACUAAUAGUCAGCUAUUGCACAAGCUUCAAGGUGACUUGAAACUGCAAAAUGAAGAGUUACGUGUGGCCAAAGAAAGUAUGAAAAAAUUGACAGAGGAAAAGAUGUUGCUAGAACAGAAGAUAUCUAGGAUUGAAAGAAAGAAAGUUGAAGAGAUGGAAUUUCUAGAGAAAAACUUGGAGCUAGAACGCAAAAACCUCAAAAUUCAAGUGGUUGAACUUGAAAAGAAGCUUGAAGGGGUAACACAAGAAUUAGCUGUUACCAAAUCGAAUCUUGCAAUUCGUGAUGCAGAUUUGGCCACCUUGCAAAAUAAUGUGAAGGAACUAGAGGAACUGAGAGAAAUGAGAGAGGACAUUGAUAGAAAGAAUGAACAAACUGCUGCCAUCUUGAAGAUGCAAGCAGCUCAACUUGCUGAGCUUGAAGUACUUUAUAAGGAAGAACAAGUUCUGAGGAAGCGCUAUUUUAAUAUCAUAGAAGAUAUGAAAGGCAAGAUAAGGGUUUUCUGUCGUCUAAGGCCAUUGAGUGAGAAAGAGACUGCUGAAAAGGAAAGAGACAUAAUUGCAAGUACAGAUGAAUUUACAGUUGAACAUCCAUGGAAAGAUGAUAGAGCAAAACAACAUGUAUAUGAUCGUGUAUUUGAUGGCAAUGCUACACAAGAAGAUGUAUUUGAGGACACAAAAUAUUUGGUUCAAUCUGCUGUUGAUGGGUAUAAUGUGUGCAUAUUUGCUUAUGGCCAAACUGGUUCUGGGAAAACAUUUACGAUAUAUGGCUCUGAGAAUAAUCCAGGUCUCACACCGCGAGCUACUGGAGAACUUUUUAAAAUUUUAAGGCGCGAUAGCAAGAAAUUCUCAUUUUCGCUAAAGGCAUAUAUGUUGGAGCUGUACCAGGAUAUACUUGUGGACCUUUUAUUACCAAAAAAUGUAAAGCCCUUGAAAUUGGAUAUUAAAAAAGAUUCAAAGGGUAUGGUAUCUGUAGAAAAUGUAACAGUCAUAUCAAUCUCAACAUUCGAGGAGUUGCAGAAUAUUAUUCAAAGUGGUUCUGAGAGGAGACAUACUUCUGGAACUCAAAUGAAUGAAGAAAGUUCAAGGUCUCAUUUGAUUCUUUCAAUCAUUAUUGAAAGUACUAAUCUUCAGACCCAAUCUGUUGCAAGGGGAAAGUUAAGUUUUGUGGAUCUGGCUGGUUCAGAAAGGGUGAAGAAAUCAGGCUCUUCAGGUCAUCAACUUAAGGAAGCUCAAAGUAUCAACAAAUCUCUUUCUGCACUUGGAGAUGUCAUCGGUGCUUUAUCUUCUGGCAAUCAACACAUACCUUAUAGGAACCAUAAAUUAACAAUGCUAAUGAGUGAUUCCCUUGGUGGUAAUGCCAAGACGCUUAUGUUCGUGAACGUAUCACCAGCUGAAUCAAAUUUGGAUGAGACGUACAAUUCCCUAAUGUAUGCAUCAAGAGUUAGAUCAAUUAUCAAUGAUGCGAGCAAAAACAUUUCAUCAAAAGAGAUAGCUCGACUGAAAAAGUUGAUUGCAUUUAGGACCGGCAUUGGCAUUUACGUUUUAGUAAGGAUUAGUGAUAAAGGGAAACUCUGUGCACUUCUUUUUACAUUUAGGCAUUUUCAAAAUCGACAAGGAGAUGACAACACAGUACGACUGGCGUUAGGUAUCUUGACCAAUGGAUUGUUCAUGAAUCUCUUUCUCUUCUUACGGUCCUAUAGUAAAGCCUCCAGAAGCCGUGAACACGAUAAAGGACUUAGGUUUUUGGUAAUGUCUGAAUGGUGA